GACUUCACCAACCAACAAACACUCUUCUCAGUGGCUUUUUUUUUAAUUGAUCGGAUCCUCCAAGCAGCAGCCGAAGACGACCGCCGGCGAUUUCCGGUUGGCAAUUGUUCUCAUCUGAUCUGCUUUCUCGCGCUCCAAGUUUAAUGGAAGCAUUAACUACUUCAAGGGUUGUGCCAGUUCAGGUCCCCUGUAGAAAGCUCUCUUCACUUUUUGCUAAUUUUUCUUGCCUUGAGUUAAGGAGAUAUCCUUGUAGAGGUCUUGUCUCCAUUAUGAACCAUCCCAAAUUGCUUCGUCCAGUGACUGCUUCUGUGCAGCCUCACGAGUUGUCGACUUUGGGGCAUGAAGGCAACAUUGUUCCUUCUAAAGAAAUUCUUGAUCUUUGGAGAAGUGUUGAAGCGGUAUGUUUCGAUGUGGACAGCACGGUUUGUGUGGAUGAAGGUAUUGAUGAACUUGCUGAGUUUUGUGGAGCUGGAAAGGCUGUUGCUGAAUGGACUGCCAGAGCUAUGGGUGGAUCUGUUCCAUUUGAAGAAGCUCUAGCUGCAAGACUUUCUUUAUUCAAGCCUUCUCUUUCAAAAGUAGAGGAAUAUCUCGACAAGAGACCCCCAAGGCUAUCUCCUGGCAUUGAAGAGUUGGUCAAGAAACUCAGAGCCAAUAACAUUGAUGUCUAUUUGAUAUCUGGAGGUUUUCGACAGAUGAUCAAUCCUGUAGCAUCGAUUCUUGGCAUCCCUCGGGAGAAUAUCUUUGCCAACAAUCUUCUAUUUGGAAACUCCGGCGAGUUUCUGGGAUUUGAUGAGAACGAACCUACGUCAAGAAGUGGAGGCAAAGCCAAGGCAGUGCAACAAAUACGAAAGGUUCACGGAACUUUAUUAAUUUGCAAGCUCCCAUAUCUCUUCUUAAGUACAACACUUUGUACCAAUGAAACUUGGUUCUUUCCAGGGUCGUCUCUACAAGACUAUGGCCAUGAUUGGAGAUGGUGCUACUGAUCUCGAAGCACGUAAACCUGGUGGCGCAGAUUUGUUCAUAUGCUACGCUGGAGUUCAGCUUCGUGAAGCCGUUGCAGCAAAUGCAGACUGGCUUAUCUUUAAGUUUGAAUCUCUCAUAAACUCAUUGGACUAAAAGCCUCUAUAGUGAUUAUUCUCGUUUAGCUAAACUCAUUAUUCAUAUCUCCAAAUUUGUACCCUUUUAUGAAUUUGUAUCAAAUACCAAUUGAAUCAACAAAUGUUUUUGCCAACUUUAGCCGCUUGAUAUGUUUGUUCAAGCAUAAGAGCGUUGUUAUAACAAAAUAGUGGUCUUUGUGAAGAGAAAAUUAAACCACAGACUAAUCAAUCUUGGCGGUAGACAUAUCUGGAUGUCCAGUUAACGAACAAAGCCAUAGCCACCACCACCAAAUCCACCGCGACCAAAUCCACCACGAGCAUAUCCCCCACGACCACCACCAUAACCUCCCCUUCUUGCAAAACC